AUGAAUUCUAUAGACCAUGCUUUGGUCGAGUUCCUACGGCCCUUCAGCGGAAUCGAGGGACUGUCUCGCACAUCCCCUCUGGCAGUCCUAUCCUAUGGAAUUGGUAUCUUCAUCGUAGUUAUUCUCCUCUCCCGCAAUGGAAACAGGCUAAAGUACCUGGAUAUGGACGGGGUACCAAUGAAAGAGCUGAGUCUAGGCCGAACAUCCAAAGCAGCCCUUCUAUUCGAGCCACACGAGAUAUCCAAACAAGGAGAGAAACUAGCCCACGACGAGCCAUAUAUCAUCCGCGAUGGAGCGCAUCGCGAAGUGGUUCUGCACACGGCGGAGCACGUGCGGGAGUUCCUGCGCAACGAUGCCAAAGACCAUUUCAAGCCGACUGGUAUGAACUUCGGAGAUUACUUCUAUCGUGUCCUCGGGCAAUGUGUCGGCGCACUUAAUGGAGAGCAGUGGCGGGACGUUCGGCGGUAUUUCGAUCCAGCGUAUACGCAUGCGGCUGGUCUUACUAUGAUUCCUUCGUUUCAGAAGGAGGUUGUUAGGUGGCUGAAUACACUUAGGAAUGACUCGCUCCGCGUCGGAGUGGGCAGGCUGGUUGUCAAUGCGCCGACGUCUUGUAAGGUCUUGCCGUUGCGUGUUAUUCCGCAGAGCUUUUAUGGUGGGGCUUACGAUGACGAAGCUUAUACAAAGCUCGUUGGCAUCGGUCAAAGUCAAAAACAGGCGCUGAAGUACGCCGUGACGGGCCGAUGGCAGAGAUAUCGAUGGUUCAAUAUGCUGCCGACCCCUUCUAGACGGCUGCUGGAUCUGUAUCAUCGAGAUUGGAAGGCUUUCAACCUUGAGAUACUGGAGACUGCGCGGAAGAAUGGCCUAGCAAUCCCAGCUGAGCAUGUUUUCAAAGGCGUACAGCUAGGCCAGGACAUAACAAUGGACCAGUACCUCCAAACCAUCGAUGAGAUGAUCUUCACCAACAUCGACAUCACCGGCAAUGUGCUGGCAUUCAUGCUUGGCCAGUUAGCCCGACACCCAGAUUUCCAACAAAGGCUCUACGAGGAGAUCGUGGCCCAGAGAUCUGGGGAAGACCUUGACCUAAAAGCCUACGUGGCACGUCAAGACUCACUCCUACACUACUUGUGCUUGGAGAGCAUCCGGCUGCAGCCCGCAACAUGGUUUUCGGUACCAGAAUGCAUAACCAUUGACAAGGUAAUCGGGCGCUACAAGAUUCCGGCGCAGACCCCCGUCGUCAUUGACGUGAGGCGUCUCAAUACUAAUGCCCUGACCUGGGGCCCGGACGGCGGCCAGUUCCGGCCUGAGCGCUUCGCGAGUCUCUCGCCGAACGACUAUCGCUAUGGUUUCAUGCGCUUCGGCGUGGUGUCGGGCAAGUGCCUUGGCAAGCACAUGGCUGACACCUUGAUGAAGGUGGCGAUGGUCACCAUACUGGAACAGUACAGGAUUGAAGAGGUGGAGAAAAAUAUCGGCGUGAAGGAGGGCGAUUUGGCCUUUAUUAGGCGCAAGUAA